CACAAAAAAAGUACAGACGCACAGACAAAAUUCGAAAUUUGCCAAAAGGAAAUGUCACGCAGAGCUGUGGCCGGCAGAUCGGGUGCCGGUGAGCCCUUCGAGGCGGUGGAAGCUGUUCGGGCCGUGAUCGAAGCGGUGGACAGUUCGGUAGCCACAGGAUCUUCUACAGCGGUGGCCAACGUUGAGUUGUGGAACCCAGAAAAGGCCAUUAAAUUCUGCCGGGAACUGCAGGAGAAUGAGGUGCAGACCUUGCACUACCUCGGCCUGCCGUACGUGGUGCUGUCACGGCGUCCCCGGCUGCGGCUGAAGGUGCCGCUGUCCACCAUCAACUACGAGAUCGGCAAGUGGGCGGGUGUGGCCAUGCAGCUGCUCUUCACCUGCCCCACCAACUACCCGAUGCAGCGGCCCCUCGUCGAGAUUGUGGAGAAGCGCAACGUCUCGAGCUCGCUGGAGUGGGCGCUGCACGAGGAGAUUGUCCACAGUCUGGAUCAGCAUAUUGGCCUGCAGAUGAUUGCACCCGUCACCUUACGCCUGCAGACGAUGCUCAACAGUCUGCGAUGGCGAUUGCCGGGAAUGAUGCAUUGAGGACGGACGAAAGUUCUUUUGUCGGGCAGUACGUGGUGAAGCUGUCGCUGCAGAAACCGUGAAA